AUGCCAUUACUCGCUAUAAAGAGUUACCGCCCUCACGACGAUGAGCGUCCACUAGUGGAUGAAUCAGAUCAGUACAAUCUGCAAAAUUACCAUAUUCGCGAUGACAGCGAGAUAACAUCGUCAGACGAAGAUAAACUUGAUGAUGGCUGUGGUGAGUCUGAUGAGAGAUCUUACUACUCCUCCAGUAGGCCGCAAACAGCAAAUAUUGAGGCAACGCCCCUUGACGGCAAUGAUGAUAGAUCGAAGAGACCUAAAAGCGGCUCCCCAUUCAAAAGAGGAAUUGGUUCGUUGUUCAAAAGGCACGAACCAUAUGAAAACGCCCAGAAUGAUGAUUCUGCUUCAGAAAUUGCAGAGAGCGAAGUUCAACAACUUUCUGAAACAACAGGUGCGGCAGAGGCCGCUGAAGAACCCACCGCAAAUGCCACAAAUUCUACUAAAUUUUGGAGAUCUUGGAGAUUGAGACACAGGAGACAUGGAGGCGAACAAUUUAAAGGAAGUGAUGACACCACUGCAGCAACUCAAGAAGAGGAGGAAUAUACAUUCGAUGGGCAGCGUGAUAGUAAUGCUGGUAAACUUGCUGACGUUGGAGCAGACAACAUUAUCACUGAAGAAGCUAUAGACAGCUUAGAGAAUAGCCCCCAGCGAAAGCUUGAUGCGCGGCACCUUCAAGAGAGUCCCGACACAAUGGCAAGAGUUGUGCGGCUCAAAGAAAGGCUUCGUGUCCACUCGUUUGAUAGCGAUAUAUCUGAUGAGGUUAUUGAUGAUUUAGGCCUCUCGCAAUCGCAUAGCAAACUAUCUGGUACAUUGUCGCAAUUGGCAUCUCCUCUAACGCCGGUGGAAGAGACCAUCACUUGGAAGAAAGACACUACAACAACGGGGGUUCAACAGUAUCAACAUAUUUACCGAACUCCUCAAGACUACGUCGCAUUAGAAGAUCAGUUUGACAAUUUACAAGUUAACAAAAAUUCCAAGACGUACAUCAAUCUGUUGAACAUUAUUGGUCUUCUGGAUGGCUCCUCACAAGAUGUGGUUAAGAGACGCUCUCUCCAAGAGUUCUCUGAUGCUAUUCUUCGUUUGGUCAACGAGGUAUUAGAGGAAAGAGAGCUAACUGAUGCAGAAGGUGCGACUACUGCCCACAACUCGGCAAACGCGACCUCUAAGGACUAUAGCCAUGAAUCUUCUCGGGCCCUCGAGCUGGAAACCGAAUUAUCGCUGCUUCGUGAAAAAUACGAGGACAGUGUUGAAGGAUUUUAUGCUUGUCGGAAAGAAUUGAAUCUUGUUGAAGCCAAGCUUAGAGAAGCGCGCAACGAAGUAGACGAAAGUGAGAGAGAAGUAUUCGAAAUAAAAACAGAUUUUGAAGCACAAAAAACUGAAUGGCGCAAGACUGCUACAGCACUGGAGACGCAAUUGAAGGAGGCCACUGAAUCUCAAAAGUGUGAGCAGGUCAAACAGAAAACGCUGAAAGACGAUUACAAUAAUGUGCAAUCUCAACACAGUGCGUUAAAAGAAGAAAACAUUAUGCUACAAGAACAAAGCAAUGCCUCAAGAAAUAAAAUCCAUGAAUUGAUAGGAAUGGUGUCCACCCAUGAGAACGAAAUGAGAAAACUCCAACAAUCGAACGAACGAUUGCAAAAGGAAUUUUCUAUCUUGAAUCAACUAGCUACCAAGGCGAAAACAGCAAAUAUCAAGCUCAAAUCUGAUUGUCAGCGGGAGCGGUGCAAAGUUUUGGACUGCCGUCGUGAUUUGGACUUGUUGAGAGGUCAACUGGAAAUUGCUAUGUGCCACAAGAUGGAGUCAUUGCAGUUCAUGGCUCAGUUGAUGAUUUCCUUUCGUGACGCGCUGUGCGAGAGAACUUUGCAAAAGUGCGAUUCAUAUCUAGAGUCCAUGAAUUCAAACAAGCUAUUUAGCUGUGUUUUGGCUCAAAGCAACACAGUUGUGACAGAGCAACAAUUGAUGGAGCAAGCUUGCCAAGAGCGAAACAAGAUCGCCGAGUUUUAUCGCCACUUUGCAAAGAAAAAUCUGUUGGAUCAAGUCUUUGCCAAGUACGUUUCUUAUAUGCGUUCGAACCGUUUUCUAUCACAGCAGCUCAAAGGUUUGCGCCAGCAAUCGCAAGAUCAUGAGGAGUACAUAUCGCGUCUGCUUAAAGAUUGCAAAGCUCAAAGAGUUUUAAUUGCCAAACAAGAUCACCGUAUUGCAAUCUUAAAUAAGAACUCAACUCCACAAACAGCCGCGCCAGCUGUUGAAUAG